CGGAGUUGCUCGGCGAGGCGGAGGCAUAUUCCUUCCAGAAGCCCUCUGCGGAAGCCCUGCAAGAUGUCAGAGCUGCUGUGGGUCUUCCUGCACCUCCUCGUCCUCUUCCAGCUGGGUGCCCCAGUGACCUUUCGACACCACCGCUACGACGACCUGGUGCGGACGCUGUACAAGGUGCGGAACCAGUGCCCCGACGUCACGCGCGUCUACAGCAUCGGGCGCAGCGUGAAGGGCCGGCAGCUCUACGUGCUGGAGGUCAGCGACCACCCGGGGACCCACGAGCCCCUGGAGCCGGAAUUCAAGUACGUGGGGAACAUGCACGGCAACGAGGUGCUGGGCCGCGAGCUGCUGCUGCAGCUGGCCGAGUUCCUGUGCGAGGAGUUCCGCAGCCAGAACCCGCGCAUCCUGCGGCUCCUCCGCGACACCCGCAUCCACAUCCUGCCCUCCAUGAACCCCGACGGCUACGAGGUGGCGGCUGCCCAGGGCCCAUACAUGUCUGGGUAUCUGGUUGGCAGGAACAAUGCAAAUGGAGUGGACCUGAACCGCAACUUCCCCGAUCUCAAUACCUACUUCUACUACAACGAGAAGUACGGAGGCCCCAACCACCACCUGCCCCUUCCGGACAACUGGAAAAGUCAGGUGGAACCUGAGACCCGGGCUGUGAUCCAGUGGAUACGCUCCUUCAACUUUGUGCUGUCGGCCAAUCUCCAUGGAGGGGCGGUGGUGGCCAAUUACCCAUAUGACAAGUCCCUGGAGCAUCGGUCCCGAAGCUCUCAUCGCUCCUCCAAUUCCCCCACUCCGGACGACCAGCUUUUCCAGAAGCUGGCCAAGGUGUACUCCUAUGCACAUGGAUGGAUGUACCAGGGCUGGAACUGUGGGGAUUACUUCCCAGAGGGCAUCACCAACGGCGCUUCCUGGUAUUCGCUCAGCAAGGGAAUGCAAGACUUUAAUUAUCUGCACACCAACUGCUUUGAGAUCACACUGGAACUGAGUUGCAGCAAGUUUCCCCGCCAGGAGGAAUUACAGCGAGAGUGGCUGGGGAAUCGGGAAGCGCUAAUCCAAUUCUUGGAACAGGUUCACCAGGGCAUCAAGGGCAUGGUGCUUGAUGAGAAUUACAAUAAUCUCACAGGGGCUGUCAUCUCUGUCAGUGGGAUUAAUCAUGAUGUCACUCCGGGUGAGCAAGGCGAUUACUUCCGGCUGCUGCUUCCAGGUACCUAUACGGUCACAGCUACAGCUCCCGGUUUUGACACCCAGACUGUGAGUGUGACAGUGGGUCCGGCUGAACCAACACUGGUUAACUUCUACCUCAAGCAAAGCAGGCCCCAAGUGUACCCUAUGAGGAGAACUCCCAGCGGACAACCUGCAGCCCCUGUCAAAGUGCUGUCCCGGGCAUCCAAAAAGAAAGACCCAGGGAUGAAGAGGCCGCACAGAGGCCCCGCCUGAAGCCACAGCACCACAACGAGGCCUUGUCCUGCUCUCGGGCCCAGGGGGCCUGCUUCCUACUUUAUUAUCUAGGACAUAUCUCAAUAUAAGCAUACACAGUAGUUCAGAAUGGUCUCCAUCUGGUCUAGGAGCGCGCCCUCUCCUGACU